CGUCCAAGACGACAUCCCCUACUACCGCUGGCCUUCCCUCCCGGUUCCAACGAUCAGGUUCGCGAUCAGUUGGCAUAGUCAGCGAAGUAUACGCUUGGGAGACAUGGUAGGCGCAGUCUGUAAAGGGAUAUACACCGACGACAUCACCAUCCUCCACUGACAGAUCUACAAGUCUCUGGAGACGUCGCGUCGCCUUUUAUCGAAGCGCUCUGUGCAGCUCCAGCUGCGGGGGAAGAAUCAGAAGAGCCGCGGGAGUUAUUCUUUCCCCAGCUACGAUGGUUGAGGCUUGGCGACAUCGACUUCCACAACACUUUGCUGAAGGCUCGGCCGUUUCACGAGGCGCUACCCGACUUGCUGCGCAUUCGCCAGGACAGCUGGGCGCCGCUGCAGAGGUUGUUCAUCGAGCGAUGUCAGGUCAACCCGGAGUGGAUCGAUCGAUUGAAGGAAGUGAUACUGGACGUCGUUUGGGAUAGCGACACCAUGAACGAGUACUGGGACAUUCCUGACGAGGGUGAGGCUUUAUAAACCUCUCGAAGGAGUGGCUUGCUUUUUUAUUUUAUGCGUCUCGAUGCUUCCACCGAAGAAGUUAUGUAUGAGUCGAGGAGGACACCUAGAAUACAAUACAAAACCCUGCUAUGGAACUCUAAGCGAUACAUCAGUGUAUUUACUAUUGGCCGAUCUUACAUUAUUUCUACAC